AUGCAGGAAGCCAUCGCAACUGGCGAUGAUCGUUUGGUAAGUUCAUUCCACGCGCUGGAGCUCGAGAUCAUGGACGUGCGCACGCUAUUCUUACUGCUGGACCGCGACAGGAAGGGAUACGUCAGCACAGAUGAGUUUUUACUGGGGUGUUUCCGGUUGAAGGGGGAAGCAAGGACACUGGACAUCAUGAAGUUGCAGUACCAGUGCGAGUGGAUCAUGCACAACGUCUUGAGCAUGAGUGACAAUUUGGAAAACGUUCGCGACAUAUUGUCUCAGAUAUCAACGGGCUUAGACGCCUCUGCCCUGCAAGCAGAGUUGGCCAAGAAGAACGAAUCAGGCCCCAGCUUUGCCACUGUAACUGCUGACCCCUCCCCAUGCCUCUACAGAAGCCUCUCUGCGCAGGUCACGCGCCAGCAUUGGGAGGAGGUGCUCAAGCAAGGUCGCCUGAACAGUGAUGAGUGUGACAGUCCUCGCAUCCCGAUCAGCCCGUCGCGCCCCAUUCAGCCCGCAGUAUCAGUAGCAUCAUCAGCUCGUGCCUGA